GAUGAUUCGUUGAGAGAGCGAGAGCGAGAGCGAGAGAGAGAGAGAGCGAGCGACGCGAGAAGGAGCGGGAGAGGAAACCCAUACGGAGACAGGGACGAAAGAGAGAGUGAGCGACGCAGAAGAGUUCAGGAGUCGAAGUCUUUCAGUUUCACUCCGGCACGUACUGAAAUCGCGCGUGGCCACGUCGACGCGAUUUUGUUAUAAUUGGUAAUUUUUGAUUUUUUUGUUCCCAACCGAAAACGUAACCGCUGCGAUCCGCACCGCGGAUUCGGGAACAUAAUCGCGAAGGAUUUGCUUCAAUCUCCUCGGGGAGGGAGGACUUUUUCAGCGACGGAGAAAGGAGUUGUUUUUGUUUACGCUCGUUCCCGCAAGCUGCGUGUUUGUCGGAGAAAGGAAAGGACCAUCGCCGGGGGAUCAGAAUUUAGAAAAAGAGGAGGAUGGGAUACGGCACGGAGAUGGAUGGCUGCGGUCGAUUUAUGAAAUAUUCCUUGUUUUUCACGAACUUCGUCAUUUUCAUCGGCGGGAUUAUCGUAACGGGAUUGAGCAUCUGGGCCCUGGUUGACAAAGUACCGGGCAUAGGCGAGCUCGUCGGAAAUGAUCUGUUAACCGGUGCGAUUUACGUAUUGCUGGUCGGCGGAAUUAUCGUGGCGUUUAUCGCCUUCUUUGGAUGCAUCGGUGCUUCGCGAGAAGUCAAGUGUAUGCUCUUGACGUACUUCAUAAUCGUGUUUCUGCUCUUCGUAACUAUGCUGAUCGGCGGCGUUCUGGGAUACGUUUUCCGCGAGAAAUUGCUGAGCACAGUCGACCGCGAGAUGAAGAGUUCGAUCCGGCUCUACGAUCACCGCAAAUCCAUUCGGGACGCCUGGGACGUCACGCAAUCGACACUCCACUGCUGCGGCGUCAACAGCUGGAGGGAUUGGGGAAAUGUCGGUCUCAACGUACCAGAGAGCUGCUGCCGCGAGAUUCAACCCGGUCAGCGAUUCCGCUGCAACGCCGGCUCGGACACGGUGAAUCCUUCGAACGCCUACAUGGAGGGUUGCAUCGACGGAACGCGCAUUUACUUGCAACAACACGCAGCCGUUAUGGGCGGCGCCGGUAUCGCAGUCGCAUGCCUCAUGUUCUUCGGAAUGUUAUUCUCCUGCGCGCUCUUCAAGAUGAUCGAAUGACAACGCAACAAUCACGUACUCUGAGGUUGUCAUCGUUUUCGAGCGGGAAAACGGUAGAGAGUCUUCGAAGUUCUCAGGGGAUUCACGCAAAUUUCACCGAUAUUGACGAUUAUAAAUUUGUAUUCGUCUCCGCACAACCGCACACUGAUCACAUCGUGAUAAUCAAAAGAAUAAAUCUUUUUCUGAUUGUACAGUUCUCGCUAAUGUGUUAUACACAUACAUGUGUAAGAAUAUUCUGCAGUACGUAUCUCAUGAUCAUUUUCACAUAUUGCUCUUUAUAUUUUUAAUAUAUAAUUUAUAUAUAAAAUGUCUACGUGUUUAGUUGCAUUUGUCAUUAGUAUGAAAAUGCAUCGUGUACCUUAUAUAUGUGCCGUAAUAAAUACAAAUAUGUCUAUUGUAUGUAAUCUUGUCAACAAUUAUUUGUCAGUGAACAACAAUCGGAAACACAAGAAACGUUAAUUUAAUAAGAAAAACUUCACUUUUCAGUGAACGCUUUUCACAGAUUUUAAUGUAACAGUCGCAUAUUAAUGCGCUGACUUAUUUAUUUUAUAGAAACGACACACAAUUUGUAAUACAAAAAACAAUAUACACAUUUUAAAAUAA